GUCGCUGAAAAGGUUAGGGGAGGAGGAAGAAGAAGAUAGAUAAGAGAGAACCGUGGAGAGUGUUAUCUAUGGGCGUUGGGUUCGAGUGUCAGGCUACCCUGACUGCCUCCUCCGCCGUCGUCAGGCCGAAGCUUCCUCACGUUCUCGUCAACAAUAACACCUUUACAUUCAAGCCCAGGAGAACCACCUCAUCCUCUUCUUCUUCUUCUUCCUUCAUUUCUCACUCUCUGCCGCAGCUCAAGCUCAGAAGUGACUUCAAACUCUCCGCCGCCGCUGAAGCUCUUGCUGCCCAAGAAACCGCAGCCGAUGAUGUCAUCCCUGAUGAAGACACUGAGAAGCUUGGAGUGGUUGUGAAGCCGAUGGAGAAACCAAGGCUUGUGCUGAAGUUCAUUUGGAUGGAGAAGAACAUUGGCAUUGCCCUUGAUCAAAUGAUUCCGGGCCAUGGCUCCAUCCCACUCAGCCCGUAUUACUUCUGGCCAAGGAAAGAUGCUUGGGAGGAGCUCAAGGUCUUACUCGAGAGCAAGCCUUGGAUAUCUCAAAAGCAGAUGAUUAUUCUUCUCAAUCAGGCCACUGAUAUCAUCAAUUUGUGGCAGCAGAGUGGCGGCAAUUUGGCGUAAGCUCUGGUGUAAA